UACCUGAAAGCGUCGCUGGUCGGUCCCCUGUUUCAUUUUUUUUCCUUUCUCAGCAAGGAAUGAAAUCAAAAUACAUUUUGUUUAAUUUAUCUUUGUCUAUGAUUUUUGUAACUACGGCAUAAGUUUCUGUUUCUCUUCUUUGUUGUGAUUAUUUAUCUUUUCUUCAAUGGAGGAGUCUGCGAAAAUCAACGGAAAGAAAAAGUUGCCUUCCAUUCCUUCAAAUUACGUUACUCUCCUUCAAUUGCAGGAAAGAUGGAUCAAAGAACAAGAGCGAAAGCAGAAGGAAAAGGAAGGAAAAGAUGAACCGCGACAAGAACAAGAAGAAAAGGAAAAACAAGUUGAAGAGCGAGUUAAUGACGAGGUAGCUGGAAGAGAAAGCCGUAAAAAUGGGCAUUUUCGUCGAUAUAAUCGGGAGAAUGGGAAGCGUGUUGCCGAAGGGAAGUCCAAGGAAGCGGAAAUCGCGGUAGGUUUUGCGGUUAAGGAACGUAAGGACGUCGAGAAGGAGAAGAAAGACGAGCAAUUGAAGGUCGGGAAGAAGAAGAAAUGGAAAAGCAAGAAAAAGGACAAGAAGAAACAGAAAGCUGGAGCAGAGAAUAUGGAGGAGGGAGUGGUGGGACCUGCUGUGAACCCGCCGUUGCCUGCGACUGUGGAGAAUAUUAACCGGGAGGAGGAGGUGAUUGGAGAAGAAGUCCACGCGCCGAAUCAAGCGAGUGUUGAGGCGAGGACAGAAUGCAAACCGAGGAUUAUAACUAGAACGGAGGAUCGGACGAUGGAGAUUGGACGGAGAUUUAGGGCAAUGUCAAUGAAAGGAGAGAUUAUGACGGGGGAUCAUAGUAGAUACGGGAGCCAAAAUACAAAUUUCAAUCGCCGUGAGGGCAAUAGGGAUUUGAAUAGGAGUCAUUAUGGGAAAUUUACUAGGAGUAGAGAGCGGAAUCAGAGAAAUGAAGGGAUGGUUUGGGUCAAGAAAGGGGAAGUUAGUAAUGGAAAUGUCGGUGGAAUUUAAAGCGAGAGUUGCUCGUCCAAGGAUUUAUGUUGAUGGGAUUUGAUUUGGUAAGUACUGAUGAAACCUUCUGUCUUUGUUAAUUUCCGAUGAAACGCGAAGUUCUGUCAUACAUUGCUUUGAUUUUCAAAACUGAAAUUUCGAUUGAAAUUGAAUAGUUAAAACAAUUACUAGUAUAUAAUUUACUGAGCAUCUUGGCGAGUGGAAGCAUUAAUUUAAUACUGCUUUGAAUAUUUUAAAUUGUGAUGUUGGAGUUUAAUGAUAUUAUUAAAGUAGCACCAGGCCUUUUAAAAAGGAGGGGAGGUGGAGGGGGUGUGAACUGUGAAGUUGAUGAUUGAGAAACAAUGAAUAAUGAUUGGCUGUGAUGAAAGAUUAUCUAAACUAUGCAAUGGUUUGCUAAUGUGUGGCACUCAGCUGACGUAAAAUCUUCUGAGGGCCUUGCUCUGCAACCUUUGUAUAGCACUAAUUUCCCAUAUUUUAGGCAAUUGAAUGAUGUAUAAAUGAGGGAUCAACCAACGCCACCAUUCUUUGUCUCCCUGUAAAAGAUACUGGGGUUACUGCAAAGGAUUAUGUGGAUUAUGGGCUCUUCAGUCAUUUAGGGCUGGAAAGCAAAUGGCAUGACUGGUUAAAUGACAUGACGAUUUUACUUAAACACGAAAGAGCAAUGAUACAUGGUGCCUAUCGGGAACAAAUAAGGUUUGUACCAAGAAUAUCUCUUUUACUUUUGUCGUGAUUAUUUUGGCAGACAAAUACAAGUUAUGGAACUAAAGGUUUGUGACAAAGAAAGCAUUAUAGGUUCUGUGUUGGAAAUGUUGAGAAUCAGUCUGAAAAUUGCAUUUCUGUAAGCUUGUUUAGUUGUUUCUACUUUUAACAUUACCGUAUUCAUUUGUAUUUUACAAUGUUAAACAAAGCACCUCUUAUUUGCAGAUCCUUCCCUUGUUUCAAAACUUGUGGGUAACAUAGAUGAACCUUUGACCCAAGGCAAAGGACUUGACAUUAUACUGUUAAAGUUGAACUGUCUUUACAUGUUCCCAUUAGUUAUUCUGCAGUGUUCAGACUAGUUAUUCUUAGCAGUUGUCUUGCAUUCUCUGCUUUGCAUUUUAACAUCCUUCCUGCAUAUGCUUUUCAAACUAACUUGGUAUUAGGCCUUACUAUAUUUGACAGCAUUUCCAACACCAUCAACCAAUUAAUGUGGCUAUGGAAUGUUGUUCUUAGGUUAUGAUCAACAGACAUGAUAUCUUGAGUGCACAUAACACAGCAUAGAUUCUGCAAAUUAAGCCGUCUAAGGCAAAGGGGAUUUAGAAGCUUGUCACAGAGUUGAUUAAAAUUAUCAGGUGCAUUAUUGAUUAUAGAUUCAUGACUUUUAGGAUGUUUCAGUGAUUCCAUCAUGUGAAGAAUACACAACUGUGUUAAUUAAGGUAAUAAAUGUGUAACUGCAAUAAAUUUAGAUGAUUUGAAGAUCAAAUUUCCUGCUUGGCGAACAUAUUUACCUACUUUGAUAUAUCGUGGUGUAGAAAAUGGAAAUUUCCAUCACCUAGUUUAUAGAAGUUGCUCUACCUUUUUUUGUUCUAACACAUAAGAUUGUGCAUGUGUAAGAAGGGUUGUUGAUUGUGGAUGGCUUUUAAAGGGAAACCGUGCAGGAGAUGUUGGUUAUUUAGCAGCUACUGUGAACCAAUGGAUUUGUUGAACCUUCUUUUUCCAAACUUGAGAGGUUUGAUAGGAGCUUCUAGCUACUUGAGAGUUUUGAUAGGAGAUAUUUUGUUUCAUGAAAGAACAUCAUUGGAGCUACUUGAGAGCUUGAUAGGAGAUGAGCUUUCAGUGAUGGAAAACUUCAGUUGAUAGUAAGAACUGAAGCUUUAGCAUGCAAAUCAUCUCUAAAGCAGCAAAGCCAUCCUCCCUCUUGUUAUUCGCUGCUUUGUUU